AUGUUCUUACCAGCUACAGUGCUUCAUUUGCAACCUCAUCAAACUAAUUACACCUCUCUUUCAUGCUUUAUCGGUUUCCUUAGUACCAUUAAUAUUGAUUAUGAUUUUGAAGGAGCAACGAAUAUGAGUGUAUUCUUUUUGACUGGAGAUGAACUCGAGGAUUAUAGAUCAAAGAUAACUCUUGAUGUGAAUUAUUUCCCACUUCAAACUGUGUUCUCCAUUACAGGUGUAGCACUUGAUAAGCAUUUGAAGGGUUUUCAUCGUGUGUUUGCAUUUAUCGAUGGGGAAAUAUCUAUGUAG